AUUCCUCUAGGUACCCUCAAGGUCAUCGAUAGGAUAUUGGUGUCCGGGGUGAGUGUCACGUACUCAACGUUACCUCCGAACCAUACCUUGUUCAUGACAUGCUUCCCCGCUUCUCUCAACUCCUUCUCCGCCCUCACUCUCAAUCUCAUCUACAAAGAAUCAUGCCACGUGCCAUCACGUGCUCCACCCAAUGCCAUUAUACCUCUUCUUCCUCUUUGCAUUAUUCCCGUUUCGCUACUCCAUCUAACUCUCGCCGUUCUUCCCUUUCUCUGCCUUCGAAAUGCUCUUCGCUCUUCGCUCGUGGGUUCCACGCUCUGUGCGAAAGAAACGAAGCCAAGAAGAAGCGGUUGGGAUUGGUUGGCGCGGUACGCGCGGGGCAGAGGGAGUAUCGGAAGCUGAGGAGGCGAGCGCCGAAGGCGAAAGCGAAACCAAAGGAGUUAGAACUCUGCGUUGAUAUUUGCAUCGAAGAAGAUUUGCCUGAUGAUCCUGAAGUCUUGAGCAUUGCGGAACUGCUUCGUCUGAAUGCUCCAAUGGCAAUGAAGCUUGCAUUUGAUGGUUUGAAAGAUUCACGGUAUAAAACUAGAGAUGCUGCUAUAGAUGAUGUUGGUGGGUUUGAAAGCGUAGAAUUAUCAUUGCUUCUUUGCAAUGAUGAGUUUAUUCGAAAACUUAAUAAGGAAUGGAGAGAUGAGGAUCGUGCUACUGAUGUUCUAUCAAUGUCACAACAUAUUCCUGGUCUUAAGCUGCCAAUUCUAAUGUUGGGUGAUAUUGUAAUUUCUGUUGAGACAGCUGCAAGACAAGCAGAGGAAAGAGGGCACACUCUUGUUGAUGAGAUCCGUAUCCUCAUGGUUCAUGGCUUGUUACAUCUUUUGGGAUUUGAUCAUGAAUUAAGUGAAGAGGCUGAAGUAGAAAUGGAGAAAGAGGAGGAGCUUCUUUUAAAGAGUCUUGGAUGGAAAGGAAAAGGGCUAAUAAAGAGCACACAUGAAGCUGAAAUAAAUUCAACUUCCCACCAUCACAGUUCUGAUGAUCAACUGUCAAAAGACAGGAAGAAAGAUGGCAGUCUUAGAUUUUACAAACCAAAGUUCAGCUAUAUCUUCUGCGAUAUGGAUGGAACACUGCUUAACAGCAAAAGUCAAAUCAGUCCUGCAACUGCCCAGGCCUUGAGAGAGGCCACUUCAAGGGGUGUGAAAAUUGUGAUAGCUACUGGAAAAGCUCGUCCAGCUGUGAUAGAUGUUUUUAAGAUGGUGGAUUUAGCUGGAAAAGAUGGGAUUGUUUCAGAAUUUUCUCCUGGGGUUUUCUUACAGGGGUUGCUUGUUUAUGGUAGACAAGGGAAGGAAAUAUUUAGGAGCAACUUAGAUCUGAGCGUUUGUCGAGAGGCAUGUAUUUACUCAUUGGAGAAUAAGAUUCCACUUAUUGCAUUCUGUGAAGGCCGCUGCCUCACCCUUUUUCAUGACCCACUUGUUGAUUCACUGCAUACAACAUACCAUGAACCAAAGGCUGAGAUCAUGCCUUCCAUCGAACAUCUUCUGGCUUCCGCUGACAUACAGAAAAUGAUUUUCUUAGACACUGCGAAGAGUGUGGCUAGUACUAUACGGCCAUACUGGUCAGAGGCAACAAAAGAUCGUGCAACUGUUGUUCAAGCUGUGCCAGAUAUGCUGGAGAUUGUUCCAUUGGGAACAUGCAAAGGGAAUGGGGUGAAAAUGUUGCUAGAUCAUCUUGGGGUGACUCCUAAGGAGAUAAUGGCUAUUGGUGAUGGAGAAAAUGAUGUCGAGAUGCUCGAGUUAGCUUCUGUAGGCAUUGCACUCAGCAAUGGAGCAGAGAAGACGAAAGCUGUGGCCAACAUAAUUGGUUGCAGCAAUGAUGAAGAUGGGGUAGCAGACGCUAUCUACCGGUAUGCAUUCUGAGAUGCUGGAAACUAUAUUAGGCAUUUUAUACCAAUACUAGAAUAGAAGAGUCUACAACAUAAACACCAAUUAAAAGGAAAAGGUUAGAGAUGAAGAAAUUGUACCAUUUUAUUUGUAUUAAUCAUUGGAAGAAUUUUUAUAACUAUUCAUUCCUUUGAGUAUAACAAAGGUUUUAUGCCUCAAGAGGCAUGUCAUGUCAAUUGUGCUUUCUCUUUCACAAUAUCUAUUAAAGAAAGGAAUCACAUGCUGUAAUUGUAGCAGAUUGAUGAGUUUUGUUUAGGGCUAUAUGCAUUUGGCAUGAUAAAUAAUUUAGGUGGAUUGUUGAAAUUUGUAGUGAAAGGCCCUAAGGGCAAUAUAGACUAUUGUCAAAUUUUAUGAAUGUACCCAUUAUCAAAAGUUUAGCCACAAUCAAUGUAUCUAUUUAAUUUA